AAUGUAUUAACUACUGGGGCCAUCGGUCACUUCGAUGAUGUUUGCCUUGAACAUUUUCACAUGAUUAUUAAAAGCCGUGAAAGGCAAACAACCUUGGAUUGGAUUACAAAAUUGUUGUACUUGAGAAAGGUUCUUGGGAUGUCUGAAGAGAGGAGCUCUCCUGAGGUCAUCCCACAGCACCUCAAUCGGGUUGAGGUCAGGGCUUUGACUCGGGCCAUUCCAGAACAUUAAUUUUCUUCGUCUUUUGACUUGCCUCUAUGUUUUGGCUCUUUGUCCUGUUGCCUCCUUUGAGCUGUCAAGCUGUCCUGUCAAUUGUUAUUUUCAAUAAAAUAUGAAAACAUGGGCGGCAUGGUGGGUCAGCGGGUAAAGCGUUGGCCUCACAGUUCUGAUCCCGGCCCCGCAUGCAACAUUAAUUGGACACUCUAAAUUGCCCCUAGGUGUGAUUGUGAGUGCGGCUGUUUGUCUCCAUGUGCCCUGCAAUUGACUGGCGACCAGUUCAGGGGGUACACCGACUCCUGCCCGUCGACAGCUGGGAUAGGCUGCAGCACUCCCUGCGACCCUCGUGAGGAUAAGCGGGAAAGAAAAUGGAUGGAUAUGAAAACAUGUAAUUAUUUGUAUUGUAUUACUUUAAGCAGACAGUUUGACUAUUUUUGAUUUAAAUGAUUUAGAUGACAAUCAGACCUCACUUUUUGACCAAGUCAUGUACUGUAUAUUUAAAUAAUUCCAAAGAGUUCACACACUUUUUCCUCCCAAUGUAAACUGGAUUAUUUAUGUAUUAUAACCCAAUCUCACGAUUCAAAACAAGAUGUAUCAAAAUGUUAUCCUACAUGUCAGAGUCACACAUCUCAGCACAUUGCACUUCUACGCAAUUAUGACCUCAAACAAUUGUUAAAACAUUUUCCAAGUAAUUCUUCUCUGACAGUGAAAGUAAAAAUGACAUCAGUAUCUUUGUUUAACCAUAAUAUAUGCAAGUAUUCAACAAGUACCAACGUGGAUCCAUGAAAAAAAAAUAAUGCUGACAUUUAAUAGGCUGUCAUGGUUUUAAUGCAAUAUAAAUUAAAAGGUGGGGUAAAGGUCAUUAGAUGAUCCACAAAGCAGUAGCUCGUGUUAAAAGGUGUCUUUUGGUGAAAAAUGGCUGGCAUAAGCUCUUAUUAACAUCGCGGAAACGCGUGCAAAGUCUCUGAGGAGACACACACCGAACGCAGCGUUGGGAUUUGCGUCGGGUCCUGCGACGUGAUUGCACGCAGCAACGGUGAUAUUAUCAAACCUGAUCAGACCCUCUCUCUGGUGUUGUUAUUGUGGGAGAGCAGGUGCUGCUGGCGCAAUUACCAUACAGCUGAAAGCACAAAGAGAAAAACUUUACUCCCUGGAUGCCCCCCACCCCACCCCUCAACGCGCACGCGCGCGCGUUCCCCUAUACUCCCCCUCCAAGUCCCUUAAUGACAGCCACGCGAGUGACACACUACCAAGUCUGUUUUUACUGCCUGCACCAAAAGAGACGCAGUCGACACUGAGGAGCACUUACGCACUUAUUGGAUGAGUAUUUGCGCAAUUUUGGGGUGGCGCAUUUAGGGAAGCGCCCAUUCGUCAUCGGAAUAAACAUAAUAAUACACUUGACGAGGUGUAAAGUUGUGCAUCGAAUUGCCAGAGACGAAAUAUAAGCCAAUUAAAAGAGGCCGUGCGGAGUGUGAACACGUGAAAGCCGCGCCAGGGUUUCCACUAUAGGAAUGCGACCAGGCAGAUGGUCCGGGGUUAACGCUUGCACCAUGAGCUUGGCCCCCGCGGCUCUACCGGGACCGGCUUAAUGCAAGUACAGUAUAAGCAACCCCGAUCCGGGAACCGCGAUCCGCCCCAUCCCGGUUCAAUUUGGUGCCGCAGUGCAUGGCCGACGGUUUCCUGCAUGGGCUCAACAAAUUCGUCGGAAUGUAAAUGGGAGGAAGGGGAGGGGGUUAUAAGGAGUGGUGAAGAUCGGGUUGUUGUACAUUUAACAGCUCUCUACUGCCAUUUGCGUCCCUUUGAAAGAACGAGAAAAAAAAAAACGACGAGGGGCUGGGCCUUGGAAAGAAAGAAAAAAGUUGUGCGCACCCCCUACCCCCACUUUUUUUUUUGUGCUGGGCCCGGGGCGGACUUGUGGUGGUGGAGGGAGGGGAAUAAGAGGAGCAGAGGGGCUUAUUUGCAUCUUAUUACCCUGCGCGCACUGGUCCAGUAUAAAACCCUGUGCUAGGAGCCUCGAGCAAUCAGACAUACGCGCCGUUAACCCGAAAGAUACCAACAGACACUCGCUUUCCUCGCUUGGGACCCGCAUUUCAUCACUCAAGUCGGAAAAAACAAACAACAACAAGGAGGACCCCUUUUUUUUUUGCGCAAGAUUAUUUGGAAAUAUUUGAUACGAGGAUUUCCUUCCAAGGAUCAUUCUGUUGCGGAUUAUUUAUUGAGGAAAAAAAAAAUCUCUCCCAAUAAACAACAGAGGCACGCAUGGGAAAUUAGAAGGUAAUCAAAUCGUGAAUUCUGAGCGGGAAGAGCCCAUCCAACUUCCUCCAUGUUUUUUUGAGUUGCGCUGCACCAACCUGUGGAGCUUUGAGCGCUUGUUUUGAACGGGGCUGUCAACACAAUGGGACGCCACUAUCUGCCCUUGGUUGUCACUCUCUCCAUUUUCACCUGCCAGGUUUUGUGUUCCGGAGUGUUUGAGCUGAAGCUGCAGGAGUUUCUAAACAAGAAAGGGGUGGCGGGGAACGCCAACUGUUGCGGGGGCGGCGGGGGCGCCUCGACCCAUCAGGCCGGCCACCAGCAGUGCGAGUGCAAGACUUUCUUCCGGAUCUGUCUGAAGCACUACCAGGCCAACGUGUCCCCCGAGCCGCCGUGCACCUACGGCGGAGCGGUCACGCCGGUUCUGGGCUCCAACUCCUUCCAGGUGCCGGAGACCAACGCGGACACCUUCACCAACCCGAUCCGCUUCAAUUUCGGCUUUACGUGGCCGGGGACAUUUUCACUGAUCAUUGAGGCUCUGCACACAGACUCCCUGGACGACCUGGCAACAGACAACCCCGAGCGCCUCAUCAGCCGCAUCACCACUCAGCGUCACCUAACGGUGGGAGAGGAAUGGUCGAAAGACAUGCAGACGGCAGGCAGGGCGGAGCUGCGUUACUCUUACCGCUUCCUGUGCGACGAGCACUACUACGGCGAGGGCUGCUCCGUGUUCUGCCGGCCCCGGGAUGACGCCUUCGGACACUUCACCUGCGGAGAGCGCGGCGAGAUCAUUUGCAACUCUGGCUGGAAGGGACAGUACUGCACUGAACCAAUUUGUCUUCCCGGCUGCGAUGAAGAUCACGGCUUCUGUGAGAAACCUGGAGAAUGCAAAUGCCGUGUUGGAUUCAGCGGUCGUUACUGUGAUGACUGUAUCCGUUACCCCGGUUGCCUCCAUGGUACGUGCCAACAACCCUGGCAGUGUAACUGCCAGGAGGGAUGGGGCGGCCUCUUUUGCAACCAGGAUCUCAACUACUGUACACACCACAAGCCUUGUCUCAAUGGCGCCACUUGCACCAACACUGGCCAGGGCAGCUACACAUGCUCCUGUCCGCCUGGCUUUACAGGUGCCAGCUGCGAGAUAGAGGUUAAUGAAUGUUCUGGAAACCCCUGUCGUAACGGCGGCAGCUGCUCCGACCAUGACGGUGGCUACAAGUGCAGCUGCCCACCUGGCUUCUACGGCAACAACUGCGAGUUGAGUGCGAGCAGCUGUGCGGACGGGCCUUGCUUCAACGACGGACGCUGUGUUGACAACCCAGAGGGAGGCUACUUCUGUCAGUGCCCCAUGGGAUACGCGGGAUUCAACUGCGAAAAAAAAAUUGACCACUGCUUGUCCAAUCCCUGCUUGAAUGAUGCAGAAUGCGUGGAUUUGGUGAACUCGUACCUCUGUCAGUGUAGUGAAGGGUUUUCGGGGACCAACUGCGAGGACAGAAGCAGCAGCUUCCCCGGACACUGUCUAUCGUUUCCUUGUCAAAAUGGUGGAACCUGCCAGGAGGGAGCAAAUGGCUACACAUGCACCUGCCCUCCAGGGUAUGUUGGCAAAAACUGCAGUUCCCCCAUUUCCCGCUGUGCUCACAAUCCCUGCCACAAUGGAGCCACUUGCCACGAGCGCGGUGGCCGCUUCGUGUGCGCCUGCGUGCCAGGCUACGGGGGGCACAACUGCCAGUUCCUCUUACCGGAAGUCCCAAAGGGUCAGCCAGUGGUGGAUGGACCAGACAAACGAUAUUCCUCCCUUGAAAAUGAAAACUUUGACGAUGCCGACAAUGAUGACAGCGGCUUCCCUUGGACAGCCGUGUGCGCCGGCAUCUUCCUCGUUCUUGUGAUUCUCAUCGGUUGCUCUGUGCUGGUGGUCUACGUUCGAGUCAAACUGCAGGAGCGUCACAUUCAUCGCAGUGACAGCGUCCGAAGCGACAGCCAUGAGACGAUGAACAACCUGACGACCACUAAUAAUUGCCUCCGCAGUGACAAGGAGCUGGGAACAGCGUCCAUUAAAAACACCAACAAAAAGGCAGAUUACCAUUCUGAACUGUCUGGUUCACUUGGUGGUCUGAGUGGCAUCGGUGGGCUUAAUGGACUCGGUGGAUCAGAGAAGCACGGCUUUAAGGCUCGCUACUCCAGUGUGGAGUACAAUCUUGUCCAUGAGCUGCGGCCUGAAGAGGUGUCGCUGUGCAAACAGGAGGAGCACGAUGGGCCAGAGAUACCGAAAGAGUCUGAUACAGAGGAAAUAUGCAGGAAAAGACAAAACAGUAACGCAUCGGAAGUGAAACAACGGGAAGAGUUGCCGAGCUGCAGCGAAGCUACGUAUCAAUCAUCCUACGAUCUGAACCAGCAUGCCACCGGCGACAUUAAAUACCAAUCAUCCAGUAGUGAUGUGAAAUACCAGUCAAGCUGUGACGUUGAAUAUCACUGUGGUGCCAGUGGUGAAAGCAAGUACCAGUGCGCCACAGACACCAAAUACCAGUCUGUGUACGUCAUAUCAGACCAGAAAGAUGAGUGCUUAAUUGCUACAGAGGUGAGACACGAUUCUAGCAAACUGAGUACAUGCGAAAUACCGUCAGUGUGGCAUUAAAAGAUCAGUUUGUAAAAACAAAAAAACUAAUUUCUCUUACAGGUAUGAUACUCAUCUAGACCAGUUCCAACCAGAUUCUUCUGGACGACGGUGGUCCUCGCUAGCCCUGAGCAGUACAGCUCAGCUUUUCUCCAGGAGGUUUUACUCCUGCAGUUUGCUGCUGCUCUCUGGACUUUACCGAAGGAUCUUGGUGCCAAAGCGCCGCUGAGCCAGUGCAGAGUCAGUGACUAUUAGACAAUGCUGAUCUCAAAUGAGGAUGUGGGUCUCAUACUUGAUUCUCAGUGCUACAAAGAACCUUCCGAGCACCUGAACUAGUGCAGGCCUUGUUCAAAUUAGAAACAAUGAAGGACGAAGUACUCGUCCCAUCUUGUAACCUGCUGAAGAACAGCGGAAGAGCUCCAGACUGAAAUAUUGGCAUCAAGGCGGAUUCCAUUCCUUUUCUCUUGAGUAACAAGGGAGCAUUGACCUGGAUGAUGAAAUUGUAGUACAAUGGAGUACCGAUCGAUUGAACAGAGUAGUACCUUUGGAGUACUGAGAACUUGUGUGUUGUAGUACUGUGCUAUGUGCUAUUGUUAUUAAAGUACAUUGUCAAAGCUGUCAUAGAUGACAGUACAUGUUCUGCGCAGUGCUGCAGAGGGCAGAGUGUAGAAAUGGCAAGGGUCGAAGCCUUUCCAUGGCUCCGUAGUCUCAGCUGGAGCCAAUUUCCCAAAAGGCCACAGAAAAGUUUUUAAGAACUGAAGUUGGGCCGACGACACCUUUAAUUCUGCAGCGCUGACAGACCAUUUUGGCUGAGCUGGUUCUCAGCAGAACUGAAAAACUGAAAACUCCAGUAGCGACUGCAAAUCGAUCCAGCGCGGAUCCUGUUGGGCCAUACUGGCCCCCCGACCCUGAAGGUUUGGAUUCACGGGGCAAUGUUUUGGGCAAAAUAUUUCAGCAAAAUUACAAGCAAAAAAAAAAAAAAAAAAAAAAUCACUGAAAGUAAUCAAACACAGUUCAUGACUACUUAAAAGUUGUUUGUCCCGACCUCUUAUGUUGUUGUGCGUCAAUGUCAAGCUAUGAAGGAGUUGUCCAAACUGCCAAGACCUCAUUGCACUAUGGGGGUGUAUGUGUGUAACGUGUGUUUAUGAGAGUGAGCGAGCACAGACGAGAUCGCUCACAUCUCCAACUGCUAGCCCGUCGUCGUUCAGCCACCGCCGCCACGCCUCGCCUGCUCAUCAAUGCUUAGCGUCGUGCGAUUCCCGUUUCUAAUCUUAUUUUUUUUUUUUUUUAUUAUUGAGACAAAGAUGUUCUUUUAAUUUAAUUAUUGUUAUUUGUGUUUCCAUUUGGUGUGAUAUUUCUGUUAUAAUUUAAGUUUGAUUGUAUAUUAUUUGACAGAUUAUGUAUGUACGUAUGUAUGUAGGUAUGCAUGUAUGAAUGAACGAAUGGUGUUUGGCACUUGAGACCACUGUGACUGUGUUGUAUUUAAAAGAGAAGUUUGGAUGUACAGAGCCUGUCGUUUUUAUUACUGGAAAACAGCGCAAUAUUUUUCCAAAAUAAAAGGAAAUAUUAGUACAUCUGUGUCGGAAUGCUUGUCUUAUUAUUGGGUUAAAGUGCAACCGCGGGACAUAUCGGAUGAAGUUACUCCUGUCGAAAAAACGUUGGGAAAAAUGUAUGCGAAAUGGAAACAAUUUAGAGAGAGAUAUUUUAGGCUCGAGUCAAGACAAUCCGACAAAUAGUUAGAGGGAUUUCUUGUUGCCAUGUGAUAGUGUCGCGGUACGUGUGCGUGUGUUUGUGUGUGUAACAGGGCAGAAGACUGUCUCCUCGUGGAACCACUAAAUGAGACAAAGAUACACCCCAUAAUCAUGCACCAAUUUGCAAGAGCAGAGUCAUCUCUUUGUGCGCG